AAAACACACUACACAAGAUAUAGACAUUUUUUAGCCAUUUCAAAGUAGUUGAAAGUAGCUUGAUAGCUUAGAUAAACGGCAUGUCAUAUAGGAAAAGACAGAAUUCCAAUGGGUCGGGGCAGAGCUCUAAAAGACCAGCCUGGAAUUCGGGAUUGACUAGAUCGGUGAAUACAGAAGAUGCCGUUGCCAAAGCAAAGGCAAGGCUAUUAGCUAAACAACAGGCCAAAUCAGAUAAUCAGGGUAAAAAAACGGUAGACGAUACGAAACAAGACCAGACUAGAGAAGGCAAGGGAGGUUUGAAUGUGGAACUACAUCCAUUAUUACGAAACAUUGGGAAAACACCAUCGAUACCUAAAAACCAUAAUCCACUUAAACAAAAUGUUCGCCAGUGGUUUGACCCGGCAGCCAUAAAUCCCUAUUUAAACCAAUCGGAUAUGUCUGUGGACCCCAAACUACAACAUAAACCACGACCAUUGCAAUUAAAUCCACAAGGUAAACAUAUAGCAAAGGCCAAUGAAUUAAGACAACGACUUAAGGAGGAAGAAUUAGAACGCCAAAGAAUAGAAGACAUAAGACUGAAAGGGUUAUUGCCGGAUGAAAACCUCGCAGAGCACUUGUAUAAACCCCAGUAUCCUCCUAUAGUUGAAUGGUGGGACCGACCAUAUUUAAGCGAGAUGAAAUACGGAUCCGAAUUAAAGUUAGAUAGUGAAGAAGCACCGGUAUCGAUAUAUAUCCAGCACCCGGUUUUGAUUCCACCUCCAUGGGAAAGCCAUUUGAGUGAAGAAAAGGCAAUGUACUUAACCAAGAAAGAAAUGAAACGUAUAAGGCGGAAUGAUCGACAACAAAAGCAUAAAGAUCAACAGGACCGAAUUAAACUUGGGCUAGAUGCACCACCACCGCCUAAGGUUAAAUUAUCCAAUUUGAUGAACGUUUUAACCAAUGAAGCCAUCAAGGAUCCAACGGGAGUAGAAAUGAAAGUUAAGCAAGAAGUUGAAGAAAGAUAUCAAAAACAUAUGCAAGAAAAUGAAGAACGCAAACUAACCAAAGAUGAAAAACAUGACAAAAUCAAACGUCAACAUGAACAAGAUUUGCAGAAGGGAUACUUCACCACGGUAUAUAAGGUGCAAACUUUGCAAGAUCCUCAGCAUUUUUUCAAAGUUGAUAUGAAUGCAAAACAGCUUGAUUUUGUAGGGGUCAUUUUAUUAAAUCCCCGGUUCAACUUGAUCAUUGUGGAAGGGGGACUGAAAAAUAUCAACUUCUAUAAGAAAUUGAUGACUAGAAGAAUCAAAUGGACCCAAGGGGGACAACUGGAGGAUUUAUCUCAAAAUCAAUGUGAUGUUCUAUGGGAAGGUCAAUUGAAGCAGUUGCAUUUCAAGAAGUGGUCGGUCAUGCACUCUAGUAAUGACGAUGAAGCCUAUAUGGUUUUGAAUAAGUUUGGCUGUGAAAACUACUGGCGGGAAGCUGUUGCUUAGUGUAUAUGAAUGUAAUAUAGUUAAUUUCGCAAUUUGUAAGUUAAUU